GCUAAAUCAAGAACACCCCUGGAGAGAAUCCCAGCUUGAGCUCCUGGCUCUCCAAUACUUUUCACAAUGCGUUUCGCUCUGAUCAUCGGCCUUCUUGCCACUAUCGUGUCGACAGUGACAGCAACCGCCCUCACUUACAAACUCGAAGCCAACGAGAAAGCUUGUUUCUACAACUAUGUUGACCAGAGGAACGCGAAGGUCGCCUUCUACUUCGCUGUCCAAUCUGGCGGCUCUUUCGAUGUGGAUUACCAGGUGGUCGGCCCCGGUGAGAAGGUGGUCUUAGAUGGAACCAAAGAAAGACAAGGCGACUUCGUUUUCACGGCACAGAGCAUCGGAGAAUACAGAUUCUGCUUCAACAAUGAGAUGUCGACCUUCGCCGAGAAGCUGGUGGAUUUUGAGAUUGCGGUCGAAAACGAAGAACGUGCGCAACUCCCUUCCCGACAGGGUGCCAGCCCCGAGCAAGCCUCCGCUCUCGAGGAGUCCGUCUACAAGCUUUCCGCCCAGCUUUCGACCAUUUCUCGAAACCAGAAAUACUUCCGGACCCGUGAGAACCGUAACUUCAGCACUGUUCGUAGCACUGAACGUCGGAUUUUCAACUUUAGCGUCAUUGAGGGCUUGAUGAUGGUGUCGAUGGCUGGAUUGCAGGUCUUUGUUGUCCGGUUCUUCUUCCAGGGUGCUAGGAAGGGUUAUGUGUGAUGAGCAUGAAAUGUGUCUAUGUUCUUUGAUUGAGGCGUCCCCUAUUGUAUCUACAUCUGAUUAUAGGGUCUAGAAUCUUUGCAUAUCUGUAUAACUUGUUUUAUUUUCCGUUGAAAACGGUGGAUUCAAACAUCAAUGUACUAUGGUCUGAUUGUAGUUAGUUUGUGUUGAUUGAUGAACCGAUUCGCUUACUAGACGCUUGUAGUCGCGGUGGAGAUAGCCCAGCCUAGGAACCGGUUGGUUACUCACUCAUAAUACGGUAUGAGAGACUUAAUUGCUCUUGAUAGACCAACUUUUGACUUCAGGGUCCACGCAACAGAGAGACUGGUCAAUGCUCUUGGGCUUGAGCUCUUGGUCUGGUGUCUUCAUGGAGUGGGUAGUUUGGACAGCAUCUUCUGAAAAAUAACUUGCAUAUCUAGAC